CAAACUCCUUCCUCGAACGUUUUCUCGUCUCCUCCCUCGCUCUCAUCUCCCAAUUCGCCGGCCUUAUUCUCCCUCUUCCCCAUAUUUAAAACCCUUCGAUUCCCCUUCAACCUCAAUCUACGUCGUCUUCCUCAGUUAUUCUUGCCGGAUCAAGAACCCCAUCACGGAGUGGGCGAGAAAGGCAUGAAAUUUGGGAAGGAUUUCCGGAGGUUCCUCGAGCAAACACUGCCGGAGUGGAGGGACAAGUUCCUCCCCUAUAAGCCCCUCAAGAAGCUCAUCAAGCACCUGCCGCCGCCGCCUCCUCGGGCGGAGGGGCUGCCUCCUCAGGCGGAAGGGCCGCCUCGCCCCACCGGAGGCGCCGCCCGGCCCUUGGCCCCCGCCCUCGAUGCGUGGUUCGCCGCCGUCCUGAACGAGCAGCUCAAGAAGUUCAAUGACUUUUAUGUCGACGAGGAGGAGUAUUACGUGAUCUGGUUGCAGGGACUCAAGGAAAGAAUUGAGAAAAUCAAAGAGCGCAAACGUGGAACAUUUACAUCUGACAGAAAAUUUAGUGAGGAGAUGUUGGAGAUUCGUAAAGAUUUUGUCACUGUCCAUGGGAAGAUGGUUCUUUUGAAGAACUACAGCUCCCUCAACUUUACAGGCCUUGUCAAAAUACUAAAAAAAUAUGACAAGAGAACAGGAGGUCUGUUAAGUCUGCCUUUCACUCAACAUGCUCGUCAUCAACCAUUCUUCACAACCGAACCACUGACUAGGUUAGUCCAUGAGUGCGAAGCAAAUAUCGAGGUGCUUUUCCCAUUGGAAGCAGAGGUUAUUGAAUCACAUCAAACAGAAAAGGGUGAAACACAUCAAACAUGUAAUCCUGAGGUUUCAUCUGUUCGAGCAGAUAAUAUUGGUGUAUAUCAAAGCAUAAAGGCCGCUAUCAAAAUAAUACAAAGACUACAGAAGGCCCGCUCCACCUACAAUGAUGAUGAUGGAUCUGGAGUUGUUACCACUGAGAGUUCGGCUUCUGACUCGUCGGCAAACUCACAGAACCAGGAGGUAGAUCAAGAAAGUGUACAUUCUGAUGACUAGGUCUCCCAUUGUGUCUAGAAAUCUGCCUACUGUUUUUCUGUUUUUUUAGCUCCUGAGUGCACAAUGGAAUCAGUCUUCUAUCGUGGAUAAUAAUUCAUUACGGAAAUUAACCAUUGUUGUAAAUGUGUAAAUUUUGUAUUAUUUG